AUGAGUAUUAUUAGAAAUAGCGACGAGGACUGGUCAAUUAUCUCAUCGUCAUCUGACUUUGACGAAAGAAGCUCUAAUGCAUCAGUCAAUGGAGAUGAUAAGAAUGAUUUUGAGGGGGUCAUCAAAAAUGAAAGUGAUUCAUUUAAUGAUUCUGAAGUCACUCAAUUGAUCAAAGAAAUAGAAGAGCAAGGCUCAAUUGGAAGUUUGAGAUUACCCAACUUAUCCGGUCCAUCUCUGAGGCAAAGUUCUUUUGGAUCUGAUUCAGGAACAAAAAUGGACAUCAAAUCUGAUCUUGUUAGGAGUGAUGCUACCAUUACGACCCAUCAAGUUAAAUCGGACGGAAAUGAGGCAGACAAGUCGGUCGAUAAAAUCAUCAGUUUUUAUGAAAGUUUGUCAGCAAACACUUUGAAGUUGCACAAAUCGAUUAAGGAGCAAGGGGAGAAUUUGUACACUAACAAGUUGAAGGACUUAAGAUUGAAAUUCGAUUCUGCCAUGUUUGAUUCCGUAUAUCAGUCAGUUUCAAACUGGAUGCUGGUUAAUUCCCAGUAUUUGAUAUACCUUUCAAUAAUUCCCAGUUCAAUCAUGAUCUACGUCUUGUACUCCAGACUCCUUGUUACUGAAGAACCUCCUCAAGAUUUCUGGAAUUAUUCGAUGUACAAAUCAAGGCAAGUUUUCAAUGAUUUGAUUUAUGAAGAAAACGUAUCUUGGUUCGGAACUAAAAGUAAAAAGAAUAGAUUUGCAGGUUUCUUGGAGUACUCCGCUUCAGAAAGUGUCAACAUUUUGAAUGCUUUGAAAUCCACCACCAACGUAUUCAUGAAUAGACUGAUAGUUAGACUCAAUGCAAUUGGUCAUUAUACACACUUCCAUGGUGGCUAUUUCUAUGAAGUAGCGAAAUCCAAAUUUGAUCAAUUUUGGGGGUAUUCUGAAAUAUAUUCGAAAACUCUUAUGGAAGGAUUGAAAACGAAUGGAGUAAAGAUCAUUCUGGAAAUAAAAUGUGUAUUUCCCUCGUAUAUCAGUAAAGUCAAAAGUGAUUAUGUCAAAUUGUUCGAAUCUGUGAAAGCCGAGUCUAUUUCAUUAUCAAAAACUGGGGUACAGGGAGGAAAAGAUUUCUAUGAAUUGAUAAAGAAUGAGGGAGUUUCAAGUUUGAAUUUCAUGAGAAACCAAGGUCAAGCUUUCGUAAGCUUUUAUUCAAAUCAAGUUAAACCCUUUGGAAUUCAAAAGUUUCACCUUUCAACGAUCCAAAUGAAGGGCUUUUUCGAUACAAGCGUGGCAGCUGCAACUAGAAUGAUCAACUUUGAUUCCAAGAAUGCUGGGGUUUUAGUUUCAAGAAUUUCAGAUGUCUUCAAGUUAUAUAAAUCAAGGGUGGGGGAAUUGGUGAACGAAUUGUACACCUCAGCCAGAUGA